AUGCUCCGGCCGUCGUACCCGCGGCGCCUCCUCCAGAGCAGCGGCGGCGCCAUCCCCAACCCGAACCGCAUCCCGGGCAUCCCGCCCGCCGACCCGCCCCCGGCCGUCAACUCCGAUGUCGUGGUGAUCCUCGCCGCCCUGCUGUGCGCGCUCAUCUGCGUCGUGGGCCUCGCCGCCGUCGCCCGCUGCGCCCGGUCCCGCCGCCGCAACAGGGGCGCGGGGGCCGACGGCGGCGCCCCGGCGUCCUCCCCCGAGCAACCCGGGCGACGCAAGGGGCUGAAGAAGAAGGCGCUGAAGGCGCUGCCGAAGCUGGCGUACGCGGACGCGGUGGCGGCGGCCGCGGCGGCGCGCGGCGCGGCGCCGGCGGCGGAGGGCGAGGAGGAGGCGAAGGCGGAGGAGCUGCUGGCGGAGUGCGCCAUCUGCCUGGCGGAGUUCGGCGAGCGGGAGGAGGUGCGCGUGAUGCCGCAGUGCGGCCACGGGUUCCACGUCGCGUGCGUCGACACCUGGCUGCGCUCCAACUCCUCCUGUCCGUCCUGCCGCCGCCCCAUCGUCCUGGACGACCCGGCGCCGCCCAAGCGGUGCCGCAAGUGCGAGGCCGUCGUCCUGGAGGCCGUCCUCGCCUCGUCGUCGUCAUCGUCGUCCGCCGCCGCCGCCGGCGGCAGAGGGGGCCGCGGCGGUGGGGGAUUCUUGCCGUAG